UAAACAGCUGCAGACCACUGGAAACACUGAACAGGUAUUGGUGGGAUCCUUAUGGUGACGUUGCCUCUGAAGGCAGGGAACAAAUGCAGAGCUUCAUCCAACCUUCAUUCGUGAGAAGAAGCCUGAGCUGCACGUGAAGGACAUGUUUCUUUUGUCCCAGUAUGUAACUUUUCUUCACUAGUGGAAAAAGAUGGAGCUUGAAAUGGAAAACCAAAGUUUGCCCUUUGACAGCACCACUGUGAGGCUGCAGAGUAAACACGUAGUUCUGGGGAUGGGCGUGGAUAACUUUGUUUCUCUCCUCAUAUUCGGACUUAUCUUCUUCCUCGGCGUGCUUGGAAACACGUUGGUGAUCACGGUGCUCGCGCGCAGCAAACCUGGCCAACCAAGGAGCACCACCAACAUCUUCAUCCUGAACCUGAGCGUGGCGGAUCUGUCCUACCUCCUCUUCUGCGUCCCCUUCCAGUCCACCAUCUACAUGCUGCCCACGUGGGUGCUUGGAGCCUUCAUCUGCAAGUUCAUCCAUUAUUUCUUCACUGUCUCCAUGCUGGUCAGUAUCUUCACUUUGUCUGCGAUGUCGGUGGACCGGUAUGUGGCCAUCGUCCACGCCAGGAAAUCUUCUUCAAUCAGAGUGAGGAGGCACGCGCUGCUCGGAGUGGUCCUGAUCUGGAUCCUGUCUCUGGUGAUGGCAGCACCAGUUGCGCACUACCAGAGCAUCGUGGAGAGGGAGGACAACAACACAUUCUGCUGGGAAGUUUGGCCGGAGCAGCAGAGGAAAGUCUACGUGGUGUGCACCUUUGUGUUCGGAUACCUCCUGCCUCUCUGUUUGAUUUCAGUCUGCUAUGCAAAGGUUUUAAAACAUCUGCACAAAAAGCUGAAGAAUGUCUCCAAAAAGUCGGAGCUCUCCAAAAAGAAGACGGCUCAGACAGUCCUGGUGGUGGUAGUGGUCUUCUGCAUGUCCUGGCUGCCUCACCACAUCGUCCAUCUGUGGGUGGAGUUUGGUUCUUUCCCUCUGAACCAGGCCUCCUUCGUGUUCAGGAUGGUGGCUCACUGCCUGGCCUACAGCAACUCCUCCGUCAACCCCAUCAUCUACGCCUUUCUGUCGGAGAACUUCAGGAACUCCUACAAGCAGGUGUUCUGGUGUCAGAUGCCGAGCAAGUGUCCAGUGAACGACACCAGGGACCCCCGCAGCAAGGUGGAGGCGGCGCCAUCAAACAUCAGUGCGAACUUCAAAGCUCACGAGCCUCAGGUCACCAAGAAGCUUUGAUGUUGCUGCUGAUGCUCAGAGAAUCAUCUGCAUCUGGGAGGAGCAUCAACGAGUCUGGAUUUUUGGGGCCAAUUGAUAUGUUCAUAUUUGUGAUUUGGUAAAAAAAAAAAACUUAUGUUAAGGUUAGCCUUAAAUCUAAGGCUGGUGUUUUUUAAAACCUUCAUUUCAGCCUCUGCCUAAGAUGCAUCACUUCAGCUACUGUCUCUUUAAGACCCCCUACAGCUCUCAGUAAGCCUCCUCCACUGUUGCCAGGCUCCAAAGUCAUUGAUUUAACUGGUGUUUCUCUAUUUAGAAUGACAAAUUCUGAAAUAUGACCUUUUGUUUUGGACUCCAAAUCUGAUCUAAGAAGUUUGUAAAGCAAAAAAAAAGGAACAAAGAACAAAUCAAGUGAUUCUGUUUUGUGUUUCAUUCAUUAAGCCUUUUUUUUAGGAGAUUCGCCAAUUAAUGAUGUGACAAUUUGUGCAACUCUUGUGUCCCUUUUGCAAAUCUUGAGCAACUUCGCAGUCUCGUCCUGGGAUUACUCCACCGCACGUUUACCUAACAAUUUUAAACUUUCCCAUGUUUAGCAUUGACAGCCAACAUUUUAACUAAAUAUUUGUCUGUAAGAUAUGAAAACAUCACCAUACCACCAUGGUAUUACCUGGUGCCAUAACAUUUAAAACAAUCUGACAAGGCCAUCCCUGAGCUGGUUGAUGUAAGACUUUCAAAAGAGCUAGGACUGUUUCAUUGACACCACUCUUGGACCACUAAGUAGGAAUAUAAAAACAGUAUCUGAUAACCCGGCCAGCGUAAAAGGCAACAAAUUCCAACAUGCAGCACCUCUGUAGCUCACAAAUUAAUACAUUAUUUUAGUCAAAGUCUAAAAAUGUAAAUUAGUCAUGUGUCUUGACCCUCAAUUUUGUCAUCGAACUAAAGCAAAGAAGUUGAUAUAUGUGUUCCUCAAAUAUUGUUUCUCUUUCAGACUUGUAGCCAAACUCAAAUGAAAAUUGAAAUGUUUAAUAUCCAAAAGCAAAAGAAUGUCAGUUCCAGCGCCCUCUUGUGGACUCAUCAUGUCAUAACAACACAGUCUUUACAUUCCUGUACUGGAAUUUAAUUCUUAGUGGGGAAAAAAAUGAAAUUUGAAACACUAAACAAGCAAAUGUUCCUAAAAUAAAUACUCUUUAAAAUGUCUGAACACUAAUAUACUGUUAUGGUAAUGUUUGGGAAACAAAGAAUAACAAACUGUACUUCAGGUUUGGUGAGGAAUAGAGAUCCAUUUACAUCCAUAACAUCCAAGCAUCAGAUGCCAUAACUAAAACUAAAUCAAGGUGCAACAAAAUAAUGCAAAUGAAUGUUUUCUACAUUACAUUUGAUAUCUUAUCUCUUCUUACUUAUUUCCAACCUCUUCAUCAAUAUGCUGGAUCUGUGAUGACUUCAAAUCUACCAGGAUUAUCAGCCAUGAUGAUGUAUUUGUAAGACUGGUUCUGAGUUCAAUUACACAAAACAUAUGAACAUAUGAUGAAUUUCCCGUGGUACAGUUUCAAGGCUUGGGUAUUAAAUUAAAGACAUAUUUUUAUCCUCAGUGUGUAAAACCAUUUCAUUACAACGUACAGACAUAAUCUGUGCUUUGGUUCGUGGUCUCUUGCUGCACUUUUUUUCAAGCUCUGAUAUUAAAACCGAGACAAAGAUAACACUGAAGGGAAUAAGAUGUAAAGCUUCUUCAGAUGAACUUGUUAGAACUAAAAUCCCCUUUGCAAUAAAAAGUGCAGACAGAUUUAAUUACAUGCCUUUUCUUCCCAGCUUUGAGAAACACAAAAGGCGGCAUGUUUCAAAUCUGAGGAGACUACAGUGUUCAGUGAUUGUUUGGUAUUGUGGUAACUGUGCACAUUCACUGGCUCUACACUUGUUUACAUCAAAUGCAUAAGAAUAAAUAUAAUGCAGCUUUUAACUGAUGUUGCAGAAUUUUCUCCACAUGUGCAGGGAAAACUGAGGUCAAUGGAAAAUAUUUACUUCACAGCAAAUUCUGUCAAAGCAAACACAGACUUCAAAUUUACCAUAAUCUCUUAUUUCAGCUCUGGAGACUCUGAUUUAAUGUGUUUUCAUAAAGUCACAUUUGUAAAUAAAAGUCUUGUACUGUGAAAUGAAUAAAUGAUACAACAAACA